AUGCCGCCUUCCCCUACAAUGAGAUACUCUCCGGGGAAAGAGGCGAGAGGAGAUGGUCAUAAGCGGAGGCACAGUCUUGAAAGUGGAAUACUUCUCCGGGGAACGAUGACGAUCUUGCUUUGUUCAAUGAAAUACAGACUAGAGAAAGAGACAAUUUUUUGCUUCAGUCUUCAGAUGACUUGGAAGAUUCAUUCGCUACAAGGUUGA